AGCAAGGGACACUGAGAUUUAUUGUUUUUCACUAGGCAGUAGUGUGCCGGAUCAACCAGAGGGAGAACCACAACACAGAAAGUCGUAAUAGAAGAAGAGGAGGGAUCAGCUGAUUUGGUAUGUCAGUCGUGCAGUUCUGACAAAUAUUGGAUUAAUUCAUUUUCUCAAGUCAAACGUGUUUUAUCCUGAGUGUUUGAUUUACACUAAGUUUACACCGACAAUGAAGGCAAUAACGCUGCGAUGUUUCACCGACAAAGGCUAGCAUAACAAAAGCGACCAACUUUGAAAAGCUUACUAUGGAAAGCCACCACCAACGAACAACACAACGAAAACCAGCCAGCCUUGUUGUUAUUCAUAUCUGAGCUCGUUGUCGGUAGGAAUGUCAAAAGACAUUUUAUUUAUCGUAAACAUUUAACCUGAAAGACGACGCUGUAGCGAAAAACGCAUUCCUGUUAUCAUAUAGCUGUACUCCAGUCUGACCCAAGUGAGUACAGCACUUUAAUUUUGCACUGACAUGAUGAUCUGAUCUUGAAGCUAUAUCAUCUGAAAUAUGUCUGAAAGCUCAAGAAAAAGAAAGCACAAGAGAUCCUCUAAAGAAGACGAAACAUUCAAAGAUCAGCAAAAGGGUGAGCGAUCCAAGAGGAGGCACAAUGAAAACCACCACUCUAGGGAGGAUACUUGUCCUAUCGAAGAGGAGAGGCGCCAAAUUAAAAAGGCCGCAUUCAAGCUCUGUAGGUCUACUGGGGAAGAAACAGACAGGAGACAGGUCUCUCAGACGGAGGUUACCCAGUCAAAGACAAAAAGAAACUCUGCUUCGACACACAAGACUUACCCUCAUAAAGUGGAGCCUAAUAUUGCAGGGAAAGAUAAGUGUGACAGUGGGAGUAAAAUAAAGGAAAGGCGACCGUCAAGAUCCCGGAACGUUAAGAAUUCGCAUAAAGAUCAUUAUAAAGACGAAAAAGGUUCUAAAUGUAGUUCAGAUAAGAAAUCUUGCCACGCGAGCCCACAUAGAUUAAAGACGAAGCGAAGAAGUCCCAGUAAUCUUUUAGAGGAGCAAAGGAAACGAUGUUGGGAUUUGCUGAAGAGUAAAUGCAAAGAUAUAGAAAUACAGAAGACUCUAAAUAAGAGCAAAACAAAAGAGACCAAAAAACAAAACCAGGCCUCUCGUCACUCCAAGGACUCUAAAAGGGACAAGCAAACUGAGUUAGUCAAAGAGACAAGUAAGGAAAGUCAGGAGUUGUUGGUAAAAGAAAACUUAAAAACAAAAACAUGUACAGAUUUCACCAGCCAACCGUUUUCUAUUUCAACCGAGCCCCAAGUGUCUUUUCAAAUUACUAAGUCAUCAGAUGCGCAGUCCAAAAUAUCCUGUCCUCCACCACCUGUACAUUCAACUUUUAAGAUCCCAAAGAAGGUUAAAGCGAGGCUCGUGGAGACUAACACGGUUGAGAGGAGUGACAUUACUUCUACAAGUGGCAGAGCCUCCCGUUCGACUGAGCACGCAGUCUCUGAGGCUGCAACCUCAACCAGCGGCUUUAAACAGCCUCAUAGCUAUGUGGACGUUUCUCCGAAAUUUUUUAAAUCAUUUGAGAAAAAUGACGAGGUUCCAUCAUCGUCAAGUAUCCAUCCCACUACAAAUGAUGCCAUCGCAGCGGCGGCAUGUGACCAGAUGCAAGUAGCGGAAGAGCUUCACCUGGCCCGGUCAGAGAGGAGGCUUGAGGUGGAUGUAAUGCAGAGCUAUGGAGAGCUCACCUGUAUGGACAUAGACCCCCCAGAAGAGAGCACUACACAGUCUCUAUGCAAACAACCAGCUCAGCAAAAUGUCAUACUUGUUCUGGACACCAACAUUCUUCUCAGUCACUUGGAUUAUGUGAAAAAGAUGCAAUCUCGUGGCCUUGGAGUUGUCCUGAUCCCCUGGGUGGUACUCCAGGAGCUGGAUUCUCUAAAAAAGGGGAAAGGCCUCACAAAUUCCGUGGCUCACCUGGCCUGUCCCGCCAUUUCCUACAUUUACAACUCUCUGAAAAAGCGGGAAGGACACCUUUGGGGGCAGUCAAUGCAGCAGGCCGCAGAAAGUAACAUUAAUCUAAUGGCUGAGAAUAAUGAUGACAAAGUGCUGCAAUGCUGCAUACAGUACCAAAGUUUGUACCCAGGCUGUGUUCUCAUCCUGUGCACAAAUGAUAAAAAUCUGUGCAGUAAGGCUGUCCUCAGCGGGGUAAAGGCCUUGAGCAAGAUUGACUUGGAGGCAGAGGUUGAAAGAUCAAGACGCAAUCUUAACCCCUUGCAAAGCACUGUCCACCAAAGACUUCCCCAAAUGGUCUCGCCAACAUCUUCUCCGACGAUAGGAAGGAGUUGUACACCGGUGGCAUCUCUUACUCAAGAACGUCAGUCUUUAUCUCUUCCAGAUGAAGAUAGCAAAAGUCUCAUAGUGGAAGAGGACAAAAUGAAGAGAUGCGUCUCUGAGUUUGAAGAGUGUCUGCAGGGGGUGCUGUCCAAUGUGCUUGAGACGGAGAUGAAAGCUUCUUAUGAUGACUUGUGGGAAGAGAUCGUCUACUUAAAGCCGCCCUGGAGUCUUCUAGACAUUCUGCAUUGUUUGAAAAAGCACUGGAAAGCAGUAUUUGGCUUCAUUGUCCCACGAUCUUUACUCCAAACAGUUUUAAAUCUUAUUGACUUCUUUAAACAAGAUCGAUCAAAGGAUUGCAGUUCUACACUGAGGACUAUUAGAGAAGCGAAGCAAUUUGUUCGGGAAUUUGCCAAAAGGUCAUGCCAUGUUCCACAGGCACUCGCCACAAUGGACAACAUCAUCCACAAGCUACAACCUCAGCCCAAAUCAGAGAUCUGUGAUGUUGUAAUGAAUGAGGACGAUGAAGCCAAACAACCUCCUUCUCCUCAUAUCUCUCACCAUGAAGUGUGGGCCAUGUUCGAGAACAUCUGGUGUAAAGUCUGUGAAAUAAGCUUGGAAGUGUUCAAAGCUCUGGCCUUUGAUCCUCAUUCCAGACUGAGUGCCUUUCCCGCAGGAGGUCCUGCUCCACCGCGGGACGCCGUCGUCUGUCUGAGGCAAAUGUCCUCCGUGGUCUCACAGCUGCUCCAAGCCUUCCUCGGUAUUCUGUCCUCUUCUCCUGGUUUGCAAGAAGUGCAGGUGCUUCUCAACACAAUCAAAUCUAAUAAGAUGGUUGACAUGAAUUCCAGACUUGCGGACACGGACCUACUCAGCUGUUUCUCACAGCAAGACUAUAGAGAGAAGCUAAGAGUUGGUGUCAACCAGCUGACAGAGCUAAAGGAGGCCCUGGACCACUGUGUUCAGACCACGGGUCAGCAUGUCACUCUAAACUUACAGUGAAGAAAAGAAGUAUUUGAACACCCUGCUGUAUUGCAUGUUCUCCCACUUAGAAAUCAUGGAGGGGUCUGAAAUUUUCAUUGUAGGUGCAUGUCCACUGUGAGAGAGAUCAUCUAAAAAGAAGAAUCCAGAAAUCACAAUGUAGGAUUUUUUCAUGAUUUAUUUGUGUGAUACAGCUGUAAUUAAGUAUUUGAACCCCUGAGAAAACCAAUGUUAAUAUUCGGUACAGUAGCCUUUGUUUGGUAUUACAGAGGUCAAACGUUUCCUGUUGUUGUUCACCAGGUUUGCACACACUGCAGGAGAGAUUUUGGCCCACUCCUCCACACAGAUCUUCUCUAGAUUAGUUUCAGCUUCCUCCAAAGAUUUUUUAUUGGGUUUAGGUCUGGAGACUGGCUAGGCCACACCAGAACUUUGAUAUGCUUCUUGCAGAGCCACUCCUUGGUUUUCAUGGCUGUGUGCUUCGGAUCAGUGUCAUGUUGACAGACUCAGCCAUGACCCAUCUUCAAUGCUUUGACUGAGGGAAAGAGGUUGUUCCCCAAAAUCUCAUAAUACAUGGCCGAGUUCAUCCUCUCCUUAAUACAGUGCAGUCGUCCUGUCACAUGUGCAGAAAAACACAGCCAAAUAUGGUCCUACCACCCCCAUGCUUCACAGUAGGGAUGGUGUUCUUGGGAUGGAACUCAUCAUUGGUCUUCCUCCAAACAAGGCUAGUGGAAUUAUGACCAAAAAGUUCAAUUUUGGUCUCAUCUGACCACAAAACUUUCUCCCAUGACUCCUCUGUAUCAUCCAAAUGGUCAUUGGCAAACUUAAGACGGGCCUUGACAUGCGCUGGUUUAAGCAGGGGAACCUUCCGUGCCAUGCGUGAUUUCAAACCGUGACGUCUUAGUGUAUUACCAACAGUCACCUUGGAAACGGUGGUCCCAGCUCUUUUCAGGUCAAUGACUAAGUCCUGUUGUGUAGUCUUGGGCUGAUUCCUCACCUUUCUAAGGAUCAUUGAGACCCCACGAGGUGAUAUCUUGCAUGGGGCUCCACUUCGAUUGAGAUUCACCGUCAUGUUGAGCUUCUUCCAUUUUCUAAUGAUUGUGCCAACAGUGAACUUUUCUUUCACCAAGCUGCUUGGCAAUUUCUCGGUAGCCCUGUCCAGCCGUGUAGGGUUGUAUAAUUUUGUCUCUGGUGUCUUUGGACAGCUCUUUGGUCUUGGCCAUGUUACAAGUUUGAGUCUUAUUGAUUGUAUGAGGUUGAAAGGUGUCUUUAUGCAGCUAACGACCUCACACAGGUCCAUCUGAUUCAACAUAAUACAUGCAGUGGAGGUGGUGGACCUUUAAAGGCGGACUAACAGGUCUUGAGGGUCAGAAUUCUAGCUGAUAGACAGGUGUUCAAAUACUUAUUUGCAGCUGUAUCACACAAAUAAAUUGUUAAAAAAAAUCAUACAUUGUGAUUUCUGGAUUUUUCUUUUUAGAUUAUCUCUCUCACAGUGGACAUGGGACAUGAACAUUUCAGACCCCUCCAUGAUUUCUAAGUGGGAGAACUUGCAAUAUAGCAGGGUGUUCAAAUAGUUGUUUUCUUCACUGUAUAGUGUUCCCCAGAGCAGUAAAGUAAGACCAGCUAUGGGUUACAGCUCAGGUUUGACUGACAUCACUGAAAAGUUCACACCAUGGAACUUGGUGUGUUUACGUUGGGCUGAAAAGAAAGUUACAAAAGGCCAUUGUUGUUUUGUUUUUGAGUACGGAACACGCCAGUUUAUAUCAAGAAAUCUUCUCCCCAUCCAUAUGACUUAAAGGCCUGUUUUCUUGUUCAUAGUUGUUUCAUAAAAUGCAAUUAUUGUUUUUUUUUUAAUUGUGGUCCAACAUACUUAGUAGUAGUAAUUUAUUAUUUCCUAUUUGUCUGUACCAUAUAGAUUUUAUAUUAUAUUGUAAAACAUUGUCUAUAAUUCUCAACGUAUUGAGUUAUGUAAAGGUAAACCUUUUUAUAACUGCUGCUGUUGGACACAAACUGUUGCUUAAAGCAACAUGAUUCAUAUCGAUUAAAAAAUGGUGUCGAGUUUUGUAUUUUUUUGUA